UGAAUCGUGGUCGAAGAGUGACGUCAAAAGCUGCCACCGCCUCAUUUAUCUUUCUGUGGACAGCACCAGCUGCCAUGUGCCAUGUGUCAUACGUUUGUAUGCAUAUGUCACACUCGGAAAACCGGCACUGCGUCUGUCUGUGUUCGAGAGAGAAGAUCGUCUCUUUUCUGUUUUCUUUCUCAAUACCGAUAGAGCGACCCAGCCGUUCUCUCUCAUUCGCUCGGUCGACCCAGAGAGGAAGUCUUGUGAAGUGUGAUAUUAAUAUCUAUACCGGUACUAGUACAGUAGAAUAGAAUGAGUUCGUCAAAGAAGUCGUUCGCCGCGAUAUUGGUGUUGGUGUCGAUAAGCACACUUACCCUCACCACCAAUGCCUUUCAGUCUGUGUCGCCCUUGACAAGGCCUCUGCUGUCGCAACCGCCAAGGGUCUCUCAUCAGGCACGGUCUAGCAGCAGUCGCCUCUUCUCCAGUGUGGCCAUCAGCACGGCUCUGACAGCUCUAGAUACCUUUUGGCAGACUUCACCGUAUACAGCUGCUGCGAUUGUCUGCGGCAUCAAGGCAUCGGCGGCAGAUUUGAUUGCCCAGAAGCGUGCUUAUCGAAAGAGAGAAGAAAAGGAACGCCAAGCAGCGGCGCUAGCAGCAUCCCAAAAGGAAGACGAAGAUUCUUUACGAACCGACAAUACACCAAUCAUCUACAAUCCCAAUAUUGACGAAACAGCAGCAGCAGCAGCAGAAGAUACUAGUAAUAGUAAUGAUACUGAUACUGAUACUGCCCUGAACAACGGCAAGAAAACCGAGUGGAAACGCACGUUGGCGUUUUUGACGUACGGCUCCAUCUAUCAAGGACUCUCUCAAGAAUUCAUUUAUAUACACCUUUAUCCUGUUUGGUUUGGCAGUGCCACCACUGUGCCAGUCGUCUUGACCAAGGUCCUUUUUGAUUUGUGCAUUCAAACCACAUUCUUGACGUUACCCAUUGCCUACUUGACAAAGUCAGUCAUCUACAGAUACUCGCCAAAGGAAGCCAUUCGACGAUAUAUUGAUGACAUUCGCAACCACGGUCUGCUCAAGAAAUAUUACCUACUGUGGGGACCAGUCCAAUGCUUGACUUUUAGCAUUGUUCCGGAACAUUGGAGAGUCACCUUUAUUGCUUUUGUCUCCUUCUUCUGGCUCAUCAUUCUAUCCACCAUUGCCUCCAAAACUAAAGCAACUUCUGAGGAUGUACAAAACGAAAUCAUUGUGGAGGAGUGCUCCUUUGAAGAUGGAACUACUUGUAAUAUUGAUGGAUAAAGAAAACAAAGAAAGGAAGCAAGGAAGAAACAAUGGAAGCAAGCCAAUCAUUGUACAGAUCAGUUGAGUUAACCUCUAUUACUAGAGGGUAGCAAGGUACAUACAUUUUUAAACUAGUAGUAGAACUCUUGCUUGCCU